AUGCUAUUGGACUAUUGCGAAAUUGUUCUACCAUACCAAUGUAAACAUUGCGAAACGAGUGUAGACAGCAAUGGUAGAUAUUGUAUCCAUUGUCGCUUUUGUGGAGGCCGCUUUUCACGGCACACCAAAUGCAACGACAUCAUACUACACGCCCUCAAUUCAGGAGGCAUUUCAUCUAGACUUGAACCAACCGGAAUUUUUAGAACCGAUGGAAAACGUCCUGAUGGAAAACGUCCUGAUGGAAUUCCCUUAAUUCCUUGGUCAAGGGGUCAGCUCCUGGUUUGGAAUUUCACCUGCAUUGACCUAAAUGCACCAUCUAACUAUAAAUUCGAUGCCCUCGCCCUCGCAGAAUCUCGAAAAACCCUAAAGUACAGUUCCUUAGACCCUUCUUUCUUAUUCAUACCCAUCGCCUGCUUCAUUCUCACCACCUUCACUAGCAAAGCUCAACGCUUUUUCAAAGAAUUAGGCAAACGGAUAUGCGAAAUAACCGAUCAACCUAAGGAAUCCCUCUUCUUAAGCCAAAGACUUGCUACCGCCAUUAUUCGCUCUAACUAUCUAAGUUUUAUUUUUUGUCCCCUAUCCUUUCCUAUAAUGCCAAAUGAGGUGCAGGAAAUUAAACCAUAUAAAUGUGAAUAUUGUCAUAAAUCGUUUGCAAAUUCUUCUUACCUCAAUCAACAUUCGAGAAUUCAUGCUGGUAUCAAACCAUAUAAUUGCGAUUUAUGUCAACGAAAAUUCACACAACUUUCUCAUUUACAACAACACGUGAGAACACAUACCGGUGACAAACCUUAUAAAUGUAGUCAGGCGGGUUGUAUAAAAUCAUUUACUCAGCUUUCAAAUAAACCAUACAAAUGCAAUAGUUGCUAUAAAUGCUUCGAGGAUGAAAAAAGUCUAAGAGAUCACAUCCCUAAACAUCGAUUUUCUAAACAUUCUAAGAUUCAUAUAUGUUUUUUUUGUGGUAAAUCCUAUACUCAAGAAAUUUAUUUAACUCGUCAUAUAGCAAAACAUAAGCAUAACUCAGAUAAAAUCAAUAUUAUCGAUCGAAUGAAUAUGGAUUCACACGUGAUUAACCGAAUUUUUCCUGAAUCUAAUGAAUCAAAAUUUAUUUCAAAUGAUGAUAAAUUAUUUACAUCGAAUACUGAUAAUAACAAAAAAUUCAAUGACCACUCAUUUUAUCAAAUUUAUAAUGAAACGGUAAUAUAUAAAAACAAUAAUUCUAGUGCAAAUAACCCAGUCUCCAUAAAAAAUAAUAGUCAUAACAACCAUAUGAGAUCUAAUCCACAGAAUAGAGAAUUUAUUAGAGCAUUUUACCCUGGAGAACAUUCAAGACAAAUAAAUUCAAUAUCCCAUAGUUCUUUCCAUUCCUUUAUUCCCCUCUAUAAUCACUUAAUGGAGAACAAUAAAAAAUAUGAGCAGAAUAAAGUAGAACCAUCUUUUUUUCAAUACACAAAUGAAUCAGGUACUCAAAAUUUUUCUACAUCAAAAUCAUACACUAGUCAUGAGUGGGAACAACCUAAUCUACUUUACAAACAUUCAACUCUUACGGAUUUUCUAAACGACAAUGAAAAUAUAAUUAAAACCAUAUAAUAAAUUAUUAGAUAUUUUAAAAAAUAAUUCGACAUUAGCUAAUUGUUAAAUAUAUUUUUC